AUGCAAAUACAGGGCCCUGCUCCAUUGCCAGCACGACAGGAAAAUUUGGAGAGACACAGCGUCAUGCUUUACCUUUGCGUCGUUCUAUGGCUUUCUGUCUAUGUUGCUCGCACAGUAUCUCAACUCCAGUAUAAUUUCCAGAACUACUACGUUCGUUUUUACGAGACUGCACAAUGUCCCUGGAUAGUUCAACCUGUCACGACUGGGAGCCUCACGUUCACCAUCGCUGCCGAUCUACGUAGCGUCAACUUUUACUAUACUGACAUCCCGGCGAGCGUCACACUCGACCUACGAUCGCACCAGCUGCAGGAUGACACGUAUGUUGUCGAUCUGGGUGUAAAAUGGCCACCUCCCAUGUAUGCGGCCUGCUGUAAAGCUCACUUUAACGCAGUGAUAUCAAUCAAAGUCACACGAUGGGAAGCGGAAUGGUCACAGGCGCCUUUCGACGCAUUCAGGCUAGUUUGCGGACCCUGGUCGAGAGCCUGCGCUGCUCAGUUCCCGGAAGAACAAUCCUUCCGAUGCGCAAUAUCGUCGGAGAGCCACAGGAGUAAGUACUCGACGACACGAGUCACAAGGCUCAUCACGGUGUAUUGCCCGAAGGACCUCAGAUCGCUUCACAUUGCCUUUGUGCCCAGCGCAUACUACCUCAGGGUCACCGCGACUCUCCACAGCGAUAGAAAGCCCGCUUAG